AGAGCCAAGUGGAUGGAGCUGGAGCUGGAGCUGCUCUGUGGGGCCGUGAAGCGCUUUGGGGAGGACCUGAACCACCUCAGUGCCCUCAUCAAGGACCGCACCAUGGCACAGCUCAAAGCCACGGCCAAGAAGAAGGUUUAUGAGGACACCGGGGUCCCUCUGGCCACGGAGUCCCCCAAGAAAGGGCCGCACAAAGGAGGGGAUGGUGACACUGAGGCCUCUGGGGACAUCGUGGACAUUGAGGGGUUCCCGGAGCCCCCCCAGAGCAAGAAGCUUCACUUGGACCAAG